GAAGUGUGCUGUACUGCAGCAUCAAAGAACAUUAAAAAUAUAUUCACCUGUUGAGAAUAGAUACAUAAUUCGAGGGCAGUGUCAAGGUAUAACUUCAUUAUAAUAUUCAUUGAAGAAAAUGCUGAAUGAAAUGUUCGAAUUGCUGCUUAAUAUCAUUUAAAAAAUGGCGUGGUUAUAUAUUCGGGAAAUUACAAACUCACUGGCGAACCAUUGCGCAUUACACACUUCAAGCUAAGUAAAAAAUUCUUUAAACCAAAAUGCACAUUAAAAUGUCGAAACGGAGGGAAAAAUGAAUGCCUGAGUCAAAAUCCAUCAGAUGUGGCAGAUGGUAUCAAGGAAGAAAUGAAUUGUUUCAGCAUCUUAACAAAUGGAAAUCUUCUUGGAUAUAAAAGCGUAAUUAUAAAUGAUCUUAACAUUUAUAUAAUUCAAGAGGUCAACAAAAAGUCAACAAGUGCCAAUAGUAUCAGUAAAACUAUCAGAUGGACAUAUGAGGCUAUUGGAAAUGCUAUUGCGUCCAUAGUUAAGGCCAUACACUAUUUACAUCAAAAUAAUAUAGCACAUGGUCAUCUUAAAACUUCAUCAGUCUUCGUCACGGAGCAAAAUGUGUGGAAAGUUGCAGACUACUUUUUGGUUCCGUAUCUCCAUUAUCUGUCAAACAAAACAAACACUUCUUGUUUCGUCCCAAAUAAGAGUGGUGAUUUAAAAGCGAUUGCUCAAUUGAUUGCAUCAUUUGAUAUUCAAUCGGGUGCUCUGAAUGAUUUUGUUAGAUUAUGCAAAACGUCGAUUGAUAUUAAAACAAUUAUAAAUGAUCCACUGUUCGAGAAAAUUUCGAAAUUUUCACGCUUGGAAGCUGAAUUUGAAAUCGAGAGCUAUUUAGAAGAAGGCGCUUUUGGCGAUGUCCUCAAAGUGAAAAGCUAUACUGACAACAGAGAAUAUGCUAUUAAACGGGUCAAACUGCAAACAAAAAAUUCUAGUGAGUUUAAUAAGGCAAAAAAAGAGGCACGAUCAUUAUCCAAAUUGAAGCAUUCAAACAUUGUGCAGUACCACACCAGCUGGACGGAAUCAGUUGAUGAGUCCGUAUUUAACAGCUACAAACCUUCCAAUGGCAACUAUAUGGAUGUUGCCGGUUUUGGCCACAAUAACAUUGUCAACAUUGGCUACCAGACUGUGGGUGUUCUCUAUAUUCAGAUGGAACUGUGCGAUAUUAAAGACCUAAGUUAUCUUAUUGAGGAGAGAAAUCUUCGCGGUAAUGCUGAACGCUUGAUUCGUUAUUCGAAGCAAAUCUUAGAAGGUUUAUGCUAUAUGCACUCAAAAAAAUUGAUUCAUUGUGACCUUAAACCAGACAACAUUCUUUUGAAUGAUGACCAAAUUAAAAUCAGCGACUUUGGACUGACAUCAACAACAAGAUCGGUUUUGGAGCGAUAUCGUAGUGGCAAUACAUCAUCGAUUCAUAUUGCACCAGAAUUUUUGACUAAUAAUACACGUACUCAAAAUGGAGACAUGUAUUCAUUUGGAAUCGUACUUUUUGAAAUGUGUUUUGGCCCAUUCCAAAAUAACAACGAACGACUUGAAAUGUUAAAAAUGAUAGAAGAAGACAACCCAAUACCACAUAAAUACAUACAUCAUAGCAUUUAUCACGUAUUGAUUGAGAUAAUGAGGGCAGUUUUAAUUGAAGAUGCAAGAAAACGUCUACCAGCAAAAACGAUUUUGCAAAAAUUGAAACAACUAGAAUGUUCAGAUUGGUAUUUGCGUCCACCGCUGACUGAUGAUAAAUGCUGAAAAACACGUUUAAUUUCGCUUAACACUUUUCAAAUCAAAUCUAUCUUUUUUUCUAUCCAUAAUUGAAGUUAGAAAAUAAUGUGUUUCACAUGAAAUUGUAUGUAAGCUAUCUAUGAAGCAUAUGUUCAAACUAUUAAAUACUUCGACCAAGAAACGAAAAACAAUGA